CCCGGGAGAGAGAGAGAGAGUGGCGAAGCUAUAGAUUCUCUCUGACCUAGCCUCCUUCGCCGUCGUUGUGAAUUUUGCUUGAAUUCGAUUCCUUUUUUGUUCUUUGUUGAUUUUGACGAGAUGAACGGGAAGGCGAAAAGGGCUCGAACGAGCCUCGAUCAUCACCCCGUUGUCGAUUUCUGGAGACGAGAGGUUGGGACGAUUUCAUCACGGAGUUUCGCCGACCGUUUCGCUGCUUCCGAGAACCUGGUUCUGCGUCUAGAGAUAUACAAGAAGCUUCAGAAGCAUAGAGAGUGUGUGAACACUGUGGGCUUCAAUGCCGAUGGCGACAUUCUGAUUUCCGGUUCUGAUGAUCGUCGUGUCAUUCUCUGGAACUGGGAGGUUGGCAAUGUCGAGCUUUCUUUCCAUUCAGGACACUCUAAUAAUGUAUUCCAGGCCAAGUUUAUGCCUUUCUCCGACGAUCGGAGCAUCGUAACCUGUGCUGCAGAUGGAGAGGUUCGGCAUGCAAAGAUUCUAGAGAAUGGGAAAGUGGAGACUUCUUUGUUGGGGAUACAUCAAGGCCGAGCUCAUAAACUAGCUAUUGAGCCAGGAAGCUCCCAUGUGUUUUAUACCUGCGGGGAAGAUGGUUUGGUCCAACACUUUGAUCUGAGGACUGGAGCUGCUACACAACUUUUGAUGUGCCAACCAGUUGAUCAUAGGAGGAGAUUCAUGGAAGCUGUCCAGCUAAAUGCAAUCACGAUUGACCCUAGGAAUCCUCACCUCUUUGCGGUUGCUGGAAUGGACGAAUAUGCUCGCCUUUUCGAUAUCCGCAGGUACAAGGGAGACGGCUCAAGCAACUUUGGCCGAGCUAUAGAUUACUUUUGCCCGCCUCAUUUGAUCGGCAAUGACCAGGUUGGGAUAACGGGCUUGGCUUUCUCAGAUCAAAGUGAACUCCUUGUUUCAUUUAACGACGAGUUCAUCUAUCUUUUCACUCCCGAUAUGGGUCUAGGGCCUGACCCAACGUCCGAGAGUAGUGAUUCAGCUGAUAUGGAUAGUGACCAGCCAAAAGCAGGAUCAGUUUCCUCCGAAGAUGAAAGCAAACAUUCGGUUCCUCAAGUUUACAAGGGGCACAGGAACUGUGAGACGGUUAAAGGUGUGAACUUUUUUGGACCACGGUGUGAAUAUGUGGUCAGUGGUUCGGACUGUGGUCGGAUUUUUAUUUGGAAGAAAAAAGGAGGAGAGCUAAUACGAGUUAUGGAAGCCGAUAGGGAUGUCGUUAAUUGUAUCGAGCCUCAUCCUCACAUACCGGUGCUUGCAAGCAGUGGAAUUGAGAGUGAUAUCAAGGUGUGGACACCAAAGGCGACUGAGAGAGCCACAUUGCCUAAAAACAUCGAGCAGAAGGUCCGGUUACCGAGUCGCUUUCGCAUUCCUUGGUUAUCCUUUGCUAGCUUCCAUGAUUUGGAAGAUUAUUUAUUUUACGACGAUUUGUUUGGUAACGAAAUCAUCGGCGGUUUUGAUGAGAUUGAGGAUGAUGAGGAAUCUGUUGAUGAUGAUGAGGAGGAGGACGAUGAUACUGACAAUGCAUGUGGCCUUGAUGAUGAUUCUGACGAUGAUAUGGAUGAUAAUGGCGAUUCUGAAGAUGAUGAUGAUAUGGAUGAUGAUUAUGAGAGUGUGGACAGCGGUAUUGAAGUCAAAGAUGAUGAUGAUGAAACUUGUAUUGAGAAUGAUAACAAUAAAGAUAGUGGGGAUACUGGUAGCAAGGAGAAUGUCGGUAGUGUUAGUGGCAAUUAUCACGAUGACCAUCAUGAUGAUGACGAUGAUGAUGAUGAUGAUGAUGACGAUGCUAAUGAUGAUGCUUGAUUCUUGUGUUCCAGCGGAAACCAAAGCCUAGGGGCUGGAUGUACAGAAUGUCUUCGCCACAGGAACUGUUGCUACAACUCUUCUCACUGCAUAAUCAAAGCAGCAGUCCCGAGAGAAAUGGCGAAUCUUCAGCUGCGGCCGGUAGGGAACUUCUCGACCUCAUUCUCGCCUUCAACGCUCAGAGCCGUGACCAUGCAUCUGAUGAUGAUGAUGAUGAUGAUGAUGAUGAUGAUGAUGGCGCCAGUCACCAUGACCCAUUCUCUUAGGUCUCUCUCUCUCUCUGAGUCUCUCUACACCAAACUCAGUAGAGCAUUUGUAUAUAUUUUUCUUCACUCUCUCUGUGUAGCAGCUAUAAACCCCUUUUGUUCUCAGCAGUUAAUCAUAUGUUGAAAGCCUCUUUCUAAUGCCCGCCUUGGCUUCUUUUGAUGAAA